AUGUGGAUGAAUUGCAUUUUGAGGUCUGGGUUGCUGUUUGUCACUCUGUCUCUUGCCAUUGCCAAGCACAAGCAAUCUUCCUUCGCUGCAAGUUGCUACCCAAGGGGAACACUGUCCCAAGCUGUUGAUACGCUCUAUGUCAAGGCAGCAAGGCUCAAAGCAACAAUUCCAAUAAAUCGCGUAAAAAAAGUACAGUUAUUAAAAAGGAAAACAAAGAAGCUAUUUAUGAAAAACUGCAGAUUCCAAGAACUACUGUCCUUUUUCAUGGAAGAUGUUUUUGGUCAACUCCAAUUACAAGUUUGCAAGGAAAUACACUUUGUGGAAGACUUUCACAGCCUUAGGCAGAAAUUGAGCCACUGUAUUUCCUGUGCUUCAUCAGCUAGAGAAAUGAAAUCCAUUACCAGGAUGAAAAGAAAAUUUUAUGAGAUUGGAAAGAAAGGAAUCUACAAAGCCGUCAGUGAACUAGAUAUUCUUCUUUCCUGGAUUAAACAAUUUCUGGAAAGUGUUAAGUAA